AUGUCCAACCAACCCGUACACAUCAUCUCAGACACGGGAUCUGAAUCCGAAUCUGAUGGCGGCAUGCAACUCGACAGCAUGCAACUCGAGGACCUGUACGGCAGCCUCGAUGGUACACCAAUGCCAAUGUCCGACACCAGACUUCUAAACGUGGACGGUACACUAAUGCCCCGCCCUCGACCAGAAGAUGAAUUCUGGGGCUUGAACACAUCAAAUGGAUCAGACGAAAGAAGAUACCACGCCAACGCCCAAAACCCCCUCACAACACCAUACAACAGCACCGACCCAAACCGCCAAUCAGCAUCCCAAACCGCCUUUGAAAAAGACGUCCGCACACGCUCACAUCUCCGCGACGAAAAACACGCCGCGCUAGCCGUCCUCAUGGACAGUGAGUUAUUGGUUACAUACGCGCUUGCCUCUCGCGAAACAAUCCCCCAAACCCGCCGCCGCUUCCUGGCAAAAUAUCUCGCCCCCAACGACCCCGAAAAAGCAGAAGAACUCUACGACCCGCGGUUCUAUAUCGCGCCCAAUGGGAAGGGCAGCGAAGGGGGGCUGAUUCGUGGUCGGUAUCGGGAGGUUAUUGGGGAUAUUAAUGAUCAUAAUUGGCAUAAGCCGGCGCAGUUGAGGGAGUUGGAUGCGAAGAAGGGGAGAGGUGGGGGGGUUGCGUUCCCUUGGGGUUUCGGGGUCUUCUUCUGGGGCGGAUUCGCCGAGGGGGGUUUCUGGGGUUGGUGGGGAGGGAACAGCUGGAGGGACUUCGUUAGUUGGGAGGGGGUUGGGGAGGGGGUUGGGGAGGAGGUUGGGUCAGGUUGA